CCGUUCCCCGUCGCGGUUCUCUUUUUGAUCCUUCUUGGUCCUCAUAUCCACCUUUCAGGCAAUAUGUGGACUACCACCUCCGGCUUCAAGGGGCGGUCGCUCCGCGUCGCCAUCACCCUCACCGCCGUCAUGGGUUUCUCCCUCUUCGGCUACAACCAGGGUAUGAUGUCCGGUCUGAUCGCCGGUACCGAGUUCGUCAAGACCUUCAAAACCCUGCAGAUGCCCGAGAAUGCCGACGCUGCCACCGACCGACACAUCAACGUGCUGCGUGGUGCCGUCACCGCCUGUUACGAGAUCGGCUGUUUCUUUGGCGCCCUCUUCUCCAUGUUCUUCGGUGACCGCCUGGGUCGUACGCGCCUGAUCGUCAUGGGUGCCUUCACCCUGAUCGUCGGCGCCGUCAUCUCCACGGCCGCCUUUGGCGACCAGUGGGGUCUCGGUCAGUUCGUCAUCGGUCGUGUCGUCUCCGGCGUCGGCAACGGCCUGAACACCGCGACCAUCCCCGUCUGGCAGUCCGAGUGCUCCAGCUCGCACAACCGUGGUUUCCUCGUCUGCUUCGAGGGUGCCGUCAUCGCCGUCGGCACCUUCGUCGCCUACUGGGUCGUCUUCGGUCUCUCCUACGUCGACUCCGACGUGCAGUGGCGAUUCCCCGUCGCCCUGCAGGUCCUGUUCGCCCUGCUCGUCAUGCUCGGCGCCUUCAUGUUCCCCGAAUCCCCUCGCUGGAUGGUCAUGAGAGGCUACGACAAGGAGGCCUGCGAGGUCAUUGCCCGCCUCAAGAACUCCUCGCCCGACUCCGACGACGUCCUGACCGACUUCAACUUCAUGAAGGCCGAUGUCGAGGCCUCCCAGGCCUCCCAGACCGGCUGGAAGGCCCUCUUCACCUUCGGCGGCAAGACCCAAGAAUUCCAGCGCAUGAUGAUCGGUUGCUCCGGCCAGUUCUUCCAGCAGUUCACCGGUUGCAAUGCUGCCAUCUACUACUCCACCCUGCUCUUCGAGGACAACCUGGGUCUGGAGCACCGUCUGGCCCUGAUCAUGGGUGGUGUCUUCGCCACCGUCUACGCCAUCGCCACCAUCCCGUCCUUCUUCAUGAUUGAGCGCGUCGGUCGUCGUAACCUCUACCUGAUCGGCUACGUCGGCCAGGGUCUCAGUUUCGUCAUCACCUUCGCCUGCUUGAUCAAGGAGACCGAGGAGAACUCCAAGGGUGCCAUCGUCGGUAUCUUCCUGUUCAUCGUCUUCUUCGCCUUCACCUUGCUGCCUCUGCCCUGGAUCUACCCUCCCGAGAUCAACCCCCUGCGUACCCGUACCGCCGGUGCCGCCGCCUCGACCUGCACCAACUGGAUCUGCAACUUCGCCGUCGUCAUGUUCACCCCCAUCUUCGCCGCCACCAGUCCCUGGGGUGUCUACCUCUUCUUCGCCCUCAUCAACUUCAGCGCCGUCCCCAUCGCCUGGUACUUCUACGUCGAGACCGCCGGUCGUGAGCUCGAGGAGAUCGAUAUCAUCUACGCCCGUGCCCACGUCGAGGGCAAGCGCCCCCACACCGUCUCCAAGAACAUGCCCAAGCUCUCCUUCGAGGAGAUCGCCCAGCAGUCCCGCGAGCUCGGCCUCGACCACUCCGACCACCACCAGGUCCACGAGAAGAACGAGCUCGGCCUCAGCAGCGGCAGCGGCAGCGGCCAGGACCUCCAGGAGGUCCAGGAGAAGAACUAGCUGCGUCCUCGGACGUGAGCUGUGGAGAUCUUGGAUAUAAUUUCUUCUCUACGAAGUUUGAAAUUGUGUGUAGAAGAUCGCUUUUACCAAUUUUUUUUUUUUUUUUCUUUUUUGUGAAAACGGUGCGGCUACUACCGUCAUACCCCUUUUGCUUUUGGCCCACCGCUGCUUUGUUAGUAGAUAGAUAUAACUUAUGUUGAUUAUAGAAAGUGGCUAUUCUACUUG